AUGGCUGUACAAGGAAUAUGCGAAACUCGUUGGGUCCAAAGGCAUGAUGGACACUUACAAUUUCAGGGCAAUAACUUGGUCAAAAUGUGUAAUGCUCUUCACAGAAUUACAACUUGGCAGGACAGCAAAACCGCGAGUGACGCUCAAUGUCUCCGACAUGUUUUAUGCAGUUCUGAAUUCAUAAUUGCAUCUGUAUGUUUGAAUGAUGUCUUAGGUACAACAGUGUCACUUAGCCGUUUUCUUCAGACUUCGUCGAUUGACUUAAAAAGGGCAACCGAUGCAAUGAAAGACACUAUUCAUAUUCUUAAGCAAAAGAGAACCGAGAGUGAUUCUGUUUUCCAGCAACUAUUUUCGGAAUCAAAAGAGAUUGCCGAGCAGUUGGAUGUGGAGAUAAGAUUACCGAUAAUUGUUCCUAGACAGAAGCACCGUGAAAAUAAUCAGCCAGGUCAAUCUGCAGAGGAAUAUUUCCGCAAAAGUAUAUAUAUUCCUCUCUUGGAUUCAAUAAUAGUCGAUUUAGAAGAACGACUAUCUCCAGAGGUGCUGUCAUUAUUUCAGUUGGGUGUCUUUUUACCAAAAACUGAGUACUCAGAAGUUGACUUGGUAGCCGUACGGGAAGCUGUUAAAAUAUACCAAAAGCUUCUACAUAGUCCUCAUGUAUCUAUAGUACUGUCGGAAUUUCAGCUUUGGGUUACAAAAUGGAAACGCGAAGUAGAAAGUGGUAAUAAAUUACCCGAGUUCCUACCUCAGAUAAUAGAACAAUGUGAUACAGAUUUAUAUCCAAAUAUUCGUGUUCUAUUGCAAAUACUCGCUACACUCCCUGUAAGUGCAGCUACAGCGGAGCGAUCAUUCUCUACUCUCAGGCGUCUUAAGACGUGGCUUCGUUCAAACAUGGGAGAGGAACGCCUCACCGGUCUCGCUUUACUCAAUAUCCACAAGAAAAUACCCGUAAAUGUCGAUGAUAUAAUUUCUAAAUUUGGAAAAACCAAACAAAGAAGGUUAAACUUUGUAAUUUAGUUUUAAAAACUAAAAAUGUUAUAAUAUUAAUAAAGUACGAAUUUUAAUUAAUAAUUUACUUUCAU